CCCGCCCACUCCCGGUGACAGGGAGCCGGAAAUGACGUAGCACGUUGACGCAUCAGCGGCGGCGGUGGCGGCGGAGGGGCCGUGCGGUGGGUUCGUACUAUCUUUUCCCAGUCUCGGUUCGACGACUCCAUUUUCCUCGGUGGGGGCUUAGCGCACUGGAGGAGCGGCGGGCUUCAGACAGUUGUCUUCAGGCAGAGUGAGAAGCUGCAGCAAUGUCUGAUUUUGUGGAAAGCGAGGCUGAGGAGUCAGAGGAAGAAUACAAUGAUGACGGCGAAGUGGUACCCCGAGUCACCAAGAAAUUUGUGGAAGAGGAGGAUGAUGAUGAGGAGGAGGAGGAGGAGAACCUAGAUGAUCAGGAUGAGCAAGGCAACCUGAAAGGCUUUAUCAAUGACGAUGAUGAUGAAGAUGAAGGGGAGGAGGAUGAGGGCAGUGACUCUGGUGAUUCGGAAGAUGAUGUUGGCCACAAGAAGAGAAAACGCACCUCUUUUGAUGACCGCCUGGAGGAUGAUGAUUUUGACCUCAUUGAGGAGAAUUUGGGUGUCAAAGUCAAAAGAGGACAAAAGUACCGGCGUGUCAAAAAAAUGUCAGAUGACGAGGACGAUGACGAGGAGGAAUAUGGCAAGGAGGAACAUGAGAAAGAAGCUAUUGCGGAAGAAAUCUUCCAGGAUGGGGAAGGGGAAGAAGGGCAGGAGGCCAUGGAGGCCCCCAUGGCUCCUCCAGAGGAGGAGGAGGAAGAUGAUGAGGAGUCAGAUAUUGACGACUUCAUUGUGGAUGAUGAUGGACAGCCUCUGAAAAAACCUAAGUGGCGGAAAAAGCUUCCUGGAUACACAGACGCGGCCCUGCAAGAAGCCCAGGAAAUCUUCGGUGUGGACUUUGACUAUGAUGAAUUUGAGAAAUACAAUGAGUAUGAUGAAGAACUGGAGGAGGAGUAUGAGUAUGAGGAUGAUGAGGCUGAGGGUGAAAUCCGAGUGCGCCCCAAGAAGACCACCAAGAAGCGUGUGAGCCGUAGGAGCAUCUUUGAAAUGUAUGAGCCCAGUGAGCUAGAAAGCAGCCACCUCACAGAUCAGGACAAUGAAAUCCGAGCCACUGACCUGCCUGAGAGGUUCCAGCUCCGCUCCAUCCCAGUCAAGGGGGCUGAAGAUGAUGAACUAGAAGAAGAAGCUGACUGGAUCUAUAGGAAUGCUUUUGCCACCCCAACCAUUUCUCUCCAGGAAAGCUGUGAUUACCUAGACCGAGGGCAGCCAGCCAGCAGCUUCAGUCGGAAAGGGCCCAGCACAAUUCAGAAGAUCAAAGAGGCCCUGGGCUUCAUGCGAAAUCAGCAUUUUGAGGUGCCUUUUAUUGCCUUCUAUCGAAAGGAGUAUGUGGAGCCUGAGUUGCACAUCAAUGACCUAUGGAGAGUCUGGCAGUGGGAUGAAAAGUGGACCCAGCUGCGGAUCCGUAAAGAAAACUUAACACGGCUGUUUGAGAAGAUGCAGGCUUAUCAGUAUGAACAGAUCUCUGCUGACCCUGACAAACCUCUUGCUGAUGGCAUCCGGGCUCUGGACACCACUGACAUGGAGAGGCUCAAGGAUGUCCAAUCAAUGGAUGAACUGAAAGAUGUCUACAACCAUUUUCUUCUUUAUUAUGGCCGAGACAUCCCUAAGAUGCAGAACGCCGCCAAAGCUAGCCGCAAGAAGCUGAAGCGUGUCAGGGAAGAGGGAGAUGAAGAAGGUGAAGGUGAGGAGGCAGAAGAUGAGGAGCAGAGGGGGCCCGAGCUCAAGCAAGCCUCUCGCCGAGACAUGUACACCAUCUGCCAGAGUGCUGGGCUAGAUGGCCUGGCCAAAAAGUUUGGGCUUACUCCCGAGCAGUUUGGGGAGAACCUGCGGGACAGCUACCAGCGGCACGAGACAGAGCAGUUUCCCGCGGAGCCCUUGGAGCUAGCCAAGGAUUACGUUUGCAGCCAGUUCCCUACUCCAGAAGCUGUGCUAGAAGGCGCCCGCUACAUGGUAGCCCUGCAGAUUGCCCGUGAGCCCCUUGUCCGGCAGGUGCUGAGGCAGACCUUCCAAGAGAGAGCCAAGCUAAAUAUAACCCCCACCAAGAAAGGUAGAAAGGAUGUGGAUGAGGCCCACUAUGCCUAUUCCUUCAAGUAUUUAAAGAACAAGCCUGUUAAGGAACUGAGAGAUGACCAGUUUCUCAAGAUAUGCCUGGCUGAAGACGAAGGGCUCCUCACCAUUGACAUCAGCAUAGAUAUGAAGGGAGUGGAAGGCUAUGGCAAUGACCAGACCUAUUUUGAAGAGAUAAAACAGUUUUACUACCGAGAUGAGUUCAGCCACCAGGUGCAGGAGUGGAACCGGCAGCGCACCAUGGCCAUCGAACGGGCUUUACAGCAGUUCCUCUAUGUGCAGAUGGCCAAAGAACUCAAGAACAAGCUGCUAGCUGAAGCCAAGGAAUAUGUCAUAAAGGCCUGUAGUAGAAAGCUCUACAAUUGGUUGAGAGUGGCACCCUACCGACCAGAUCAGCAGGUGGAAGAAGAUGACGACUUUAUGGAUGAGAACCAAGGGAAGGGCAUUCGAGUCCUCGGCAUUGCUUUCUCCUCUGCCAGAGAUCACCCUGUGUUCUGUGCCCUGGUCAAUGGUGAAGGAGAAGUGACAGACUUCCUUCGACUGCCCCAUUUUACCAAACGGCGAACUGCAUGGAGAGAGGAAGAGCGGGAAAAGAAGGCUCAAGAUAUUGAAACGCUAAAGAAAUUUCUCCUGAAUAAGAAGCCUCAUGUAGUGACAGUUGCAGGAGAGAACAGGGACGCCCAGAUGUUGAUUGAAGAUGUGAAGCGCAUUGUACAUGAGCUGGACCAGGGCCAGCAGCUGUCAUCUAUUGGGGUAGAGCUGGUUGACAACGAGUUGGCCAUUCUCUAUAUGAACAGCAAGAAGUCAGAGGCAGAGUUCCGGGAUUACCCUCCAGUGCUGAGACAGGCCGUCUCCCUGGCCCGGCGCAUCCAGGACCCUCUGAUUGAAUUUGCCCAGGUGUGCAGUUCCGAUGAAGACAUCCUGUGUCUUAAGUUUCACCCCUUGCAGGAGCAUGUGGUGAAAGAGGAGCUGCUCAACGCCUUGUACUGUGAAUUUAUCAACCGAGUCAAUGAGGUCGGGGUCGAUGUCAACCGUGCCAUUGCCCACCCUUACAGCCAGGCCUUGAUCCAGUAUGUUUGUGGCCUGGGACCUCGGAAAGGGACCCACCUCCUGAAGAUCCUGAAGCAGAACAACACCCGGCUCGAGAGCCGGACCCAGCUGGUCACCAUGUGCCACAUGGGUCCCAAAGUCUUCAUGAAUUGCGCUGGCUUCCUCAAGAUCGACACGGCCUCCCUGGGGGACAGCACUGACUCAUAUAUUGAAGUCCUUGAUGGUUCCCGUGUCCACCCUGAGACUUAUGAGUGGGCUAGGAAGAUGGCAGUGGAUGCCCUGGAAUACGAUGAAUCAGCCGAGGAUGCCAAUCCUGCAGGAGCCCUUGAAGAAAUCUUGGAAAACCCAGAACGACUCAAAGACUUGGACCUUGAUGCCUUUGCAGAAGAGCUGGAGAGGCAGGGCUAUGGUGACAAACACAUCACACUCUAUGACAUCCGGGCAGAGCUGAGCUGUCGAUAUAAGGACCUCCGGACAGCCUACCGCUCUCCCAACACAGAGGAGAUCUUCAAUAUGUUAACUAAAGAAACACCAGAGACCUUCUACAUUGGAAAGCUCAUCAUCUGCAAUGUCACUGGCAUCGCCCACAGGCGUCCCCAGGGUGAAAGCUAUGACCAGGCGAUCCGCAAUGAUGACACAGGGCUGUGGCAGUGCCCCUUCUGUCAGCAGGACAAUUUCCCUGAACUAAGCGAGGUGUGGAAUCACUUUGACAGCGGUUCAUGCCCAGGCCAGGCCAUCGGUGUCAAAACACGGCUAGACAAUGGUGUCACCGGCUUCAUCCCCACCAAAUUCCUCAGUGACAAAGUGGUAAAGCGGCCGGAAGAACGAGUGAAGGUGGGAAUGACUGUUCACUGCCGCAUCAUGAAGAUUGACAUUGAGAAGUUCAGUGCAGACCUGACCUGCCGCACCUCAGACCUCAUGGACAGGAACAAUGAGUGGAAGCUGCCCAAAGACACCUACUAUGACUUUGAUGCUGAAGCUGCAGACCACAAGCAGGAGGAGGACAUGAAGCGGAAGCAGCAGCGGACCACAUACAUCAAGAGAGUGAUCGCACACCCAUCCUUCCAUAAUAUCAAUUUCAAGCAAGCAGAAAAGAUGAUGGAGACCAUGGACCAGGGUGAUGUGAUUAUUCGACCAAGCAGCAAGGGCGAGAACCACCUGACAGUGACCUGGAAAGUCAGUGAUGGCAUCUACCAGCAUGUGGAUGUGCGGGAGGAGGGCAAGGAAAAUGCCUUCAGCCUGGGAGCUACUCUGUGGAUCAACAGUGAGGAAUUCGAAGAUUUGGAUGAGAUUGUUGCUCGCUAUGUCCAGCCCAUGGCAUCCUUCGCCCGGGACCUUCUGAAUCACAAGUAUUAUCAGGACUGCAGCGGUGGGGACCGCAAGAAAUUAGAGGAGCUGCUCAUCAAAACUAAGAAGGAGAAGCCCACCUUCAUCCCUUAUUUCAUCUGUGCCUGCAAGGAACUGCCCGGCAAGUUCCUACUGGGAUACCAGCCCCGGGGUAAACCCAGAGUGACAGGAGUCACCAGACACUCUUCACCUGAUUGCAGAAACUGGGGGCCAGUACACUGGUCUCUCCUGUCCACCGCCUGCCUCACCCUCACCAGGGCUUGCACACAGUGGCUCACUGUAAUGUGCUCACUCCGCCCAAACUGAAGCGGUGGUCAGGAGAGCCUGUCUCCUGUUUUGCUCUGUCUCCUGCUCUGCCUGCUUCUGUGUGACUGACAGGCUGGCCUUCCUGAGGUAUUCCUUUAUCUGAGUCCCUCUAGCGCUUACCCUGAAGUCCAAUUUCCUUAGACUGGAGUCUUUGUGUCUGUGAUACAGACUGGUUUGUCCUGUUGCUGCCAGCUCCUAGCCCCAUCACCCAGUCUGUGCUUUUCUGCCCUCUUCAGCAUACAUCAAGAGAGUGAUCAUAGAGAUUGUCUUCUCUGCCUAAGCCCUGCCCCCAUCCUUCCAUUGGCCUUUGGCCAGGGUCAUGUGCACUUCUGCUUUUAUCCCUGUACUGGCUUUACCUGAUACACAGCUCAGGCUGCAUUAGUAGGGGCUCAGUGGCCAGAUGACAGGAAGCCCUAGACUCUGGACCGUGUGCCAUCUUGGGCACAUCUGGAAUAUUGUACUCAUUUCUUGAGAAGCCUGUUGACUCACCAGUGUGCUUCCAGAGGCCAGCAGCCAGGGCUAAGUGGGGCUGGAAACUGUGUCCUAUGAGGAACAGUUGAGCAAACUGCGGGGGGAGGGGCCUCUAACCAGGACCAGGUGCAGCAUGAUAGCUUCUGGGGAAAGGAGCUGACUCUCCUUGUGUGGCAGAAUUAACACUUAUGGAAGAAUUAGGAGGCAGGUGUCAGCCUAAUACAAAUGAGAACUGUGUACUAUGUAGCAUUAUCUGGUUGCCAUUGAUAGCUGGCCUUUAUUGAGCACAACCCAGCUUUAGGCAUUGUGGAACGUGCUCUGUGCAUUCUCAUUUAUCCUCACACCCACCCCAUAGGCUUAAGUGUUGGACAAAUGAAGCAGAGAUUCAAGUUUAGUAACUUGGUGCAGUGUGUCAUAUGUGGUGAAUGGCAGAGCUAAAACUAGAACUAGAACUGGAACUAACCCAGAGCCCCUCUUAACUACUGUCUGCUACUCUCGGAAUUGUUGAACAAGGGCAGACUACCACCUUCCACAGCCACUGCAGAAAGAUGCCUGCUUCAGGGGAGUUGCGAUUUGCUGCUCUGGGAGGCCCCUUCCAACACUGGCACUAUGGGACCUCGGUCUCACUUCACCGGCAGUAUCCUGCCUUCAUACUGCAGCCCAGUAUGGUAGCACAGCCUCCAGCAAGCCUUCCUCCGGCAGCCCAUAUGCAGCACACAGGGAGCCACUGACUCCUUGGCCUUGACUGUAUGCUGCUGUGUGCUGCUCACCUCCCUUCACAGGCCUGGGGACUAGCUGUGUCAUCUCUCCUUUCCCCUAGCACCCAGAAUGGCUACUUCACAUGGUGGGCAUCUGUUCUGGUCGCUCUCGUGGUGGGUCCCAAGUGGUUUCUGAUGCAUGUUU